UAUUAUAGAAUUAGAAAAAUGAAAAGUACAUUUGCUAUAGUCCUGUUGUUCGUAUGCCUUGUUGGAAUAGUAUCCGUAAAUGGACAGGAACUUUACAUGACCGAUGAUCAAUGCAAACUAGUUGUAAAGGGUUGUAUGUCAAACAAUUACAAAAAGGCUGUGCAGGCUGACAAGAAUUGUAAUGACUGUUGCAGACGAUCUGGUUGUGCACGUGGUGAUUGCAAAGGCAGACAUUGUAAAUGCAAAGGAUGUUGAAGAGGAUAACAAGUAGCCAUCUGAGACUGUUUCAAAUUCACAGUUUACAGUUAAUGUACUAUGCUGAAAUCUCGUUAUAUUCGAGACAUACAUUUGCAUGAAUACAAUAAAUAAUGUAUAGAUCAGUAA